AUGGCAACCCUCAAUGAGACAUCAGGAGUUCUUAUUAGUCCUUACUAUCCAAGGCAUUACCCUUCUGACGAGAAUUGCAACUGGAAAAUUAUAGCAAGUAAAGGAGAACGCAUUUUGUUGUUCAUUGAAGACAUUCAUAUUGCGGAGUGUGGUUCAUCUUGCACUUGUGACUACCUGGAAAUACAAAAUGGCUCAUUCUCUGAUGGGAUUUCAGACAGGCGAAGAUGUAGAUACCAUCAAGACCGUGGAAUUGUAUACCGCUCGGUAAAAGAUGUCCUGAGAGUGACGUUUGUUUCUGAUAGUGGUACUUUGCCGCAGUACCAUGGAUUUAAAGCAUCUUACAUCAAAGUGAAGUAUAAUGCAACAAACGCUGGUAAGUUAUUAAAAGUCGGCUGGAAACGCAAAGUUAAAGGUUUACGUGCAAGCAAUCGGGUGAUCAACUUUCAGCAGGUCACAUAAAACAUAAUUGCCUUAUAACAGGCUGAUAGCAACUGUAACAUUUAAGUACUUUACGGAGUAAAACAACACAAACUAAAAUGCAGAUGAAAUGCCAACAAUUUUCAUUCGCAUUAUGUUAAAAGUUUUUUGUUGCAAAUCUUGUAUUUUUUAUGUUUAUCUAUUGCAACGCUUUCGAUUGAGUUGUUUUUGAUUGGUUUACAGACAAAAAUAAUUACUCUUGGAUUUUGAAUUAUAAAGCUGAAUCAUGUUUAUUUCCCCUUGUUGCAGCUUGUACCUCUGGCGAAUAUCUUACUGGAUUUAGUGGAUUCUUUUCAACUCCAAAUUUUCCAAGUAACUACCCUCAAUACAGCAAAUGUACCUGGAAUAUCACAGUUCCCAGUGGGUACAUCAUUAAACUUAGCUUCCUCUACUUUCGAUUGAAGCCCUAUCAGUACAUUCCCUGCUAUCAUGCUUCAGAGGCCCGCGUUAUAGUCAAAAAUCUUGCUUCAGAUGAUGGGUAUCAGCCGUUCAUGCUGUGCGGUCAGUCUCUUUCUUCUCCAGUGUACUCGGUAGGGAAUUCCGUCCAAGUCAUAUUCACGUCUCUGCGCAGUCAAUACCCAGGGUUUAAAGCAACUUACACGGCCAUCACUUAUAGUUCAGGUGCGUGGUAUACAUUAUUUAUAAGACAUCAAUGAUUAAGUUAAGAUUUAAAAACCAUUACCAAAAACAACUCGCCCCAUAACAGUUAAUGCAAGAAACUUUUGUAUUCUGGAUUCGAGGCCGUGGAUUCCGAAUGUCAUUGGCAUUUAGGUUCCUUAUUUCAAUCAUAAGUAGGAUUCUUGAUUCCUCAAGUAAAAUCACAGAUUCCAAAUCCCAAUACUUAGUACGAACAUAUUUCUCACAGUUAAUGUUCCGUUGUUUGUGAAUUUUCCUCAUGUAGCCGUACUUGACAAGGGCUUUCAUAACAAAGAAAGAAAACCUGACGAACAGAACAAUUUUUUCAUGCCAGAGUAAGCGCAGGCGCCUAAUAGCCAUUAACAUGUUCGUUUGAGUCACCGAACGGACUUUUAAAAAGAUCGUAAGAAGGGAGUCAAUUGUCUGACUUGUUUAAUAUAUUCUCGAUAACUCAAAAAGAGUUAUUCCGGACACAAACCAAAAAAAAGAAGGUUCUGUCGCAUCUCAAACUUCUUAAUUCCUUCCGUCCCGCAUUUGGUUUUGAUCUAAUUCUUUCUCAAGUUAACUAGAUUCUUCUUGAAAGUCGUAUAAUUUUAUUUGUCCUCGAUACUUACGCUUAGUCUAUUUAUAUUGCUUGCAGUCUGUCCCAAUAUGGCAACCCUCAAUGAGACAUCAGGAGUUCUUAUUAGUCCUUACUAUCCAAGGCAUUACCCUUCUGACGAGAAUUGCAGCUGGAAAAUUAUAGCAAGUAAAGGAGAACGCAUUUUGUUGUUCAUUGAAGACAUUCAUAUUGCGGAGUGUGGUUCAUCUUGCACUUGUGACUACCUGGAAAUACAAAAUGGCUCAUCCUCUGAUGGGAUUUCAGGCAGGCGAAGAUGUAGAUACCAUCAAGACCGUGGAAUUGUAUACCGCUCGGUAAAAGAUGUCCUGAGAGUGACGUUUGUUUCUGAUAGUGGUACUUUGCCGCAGUACCAUGGAUUUAAAGCAUCUUACAUCAAAGUGAAGUAUAAUGCAACAAACGCUGGUAAGUUAUUAAAAGUCGGCUAGAAACGCAAAGUUAAAGGUUUACGUGAAAGCAAUAGGGUCAUCAAUUUUCAGCAAGUCACAUAAAACAUAAUUGCCUCAUAACAGGCUGAUAGCAACUGUCACAUUUAAAUACUUUACGGAGUAAAACAACACAAAGUAAAAUGUAGAUGAAAUGCCAACAAUUUUCAUUCGCAUUAUGUUAAAAGUGUUUUGUUGCAAAUCUUGUAUUUGUUAUGUUUAUCUAUUGCAACGCUUUCGAUUGAGUUGUUUUUGAUUGGUUGCCAGACAAAAAUAACUACUCUUGGAUUUUGAAUUAUAAAGCUGAAUCAUGUUUAUUUCCCCUUGUUGCAGCUUGUACCUCUGGCGAAUAUCUUACUGGAUUUAGUGGAUUCUUUUCAACUCCAAAUUUUCCAAGUAACUACCCUCAAUACAGCAAAUGUACCUGGAAUAUCACAGUUCCCAGUGGGUACAUCAUUAAACUUAGCUUCCUCUACUUUCGAUUGAAGCCCUAUCAGUACAUUCCCUGCUAUCGUGCUUCAGAGGCCCGCGUUACAGUCACAAAUGUUGCUUCAGAUGAUGGGUAUCAGCCGUUCAUGCUGUGCGGUCAGUCUCUUCCUCCUCCAGUGUACUCGGUAGGGAAUUCCGUUCAAAUAAUAUUCACGUCUCUGCGCAGUCAAUACCCAGGGUUUAAAGCAACUUACACGGCUAUCACUUAUAGUUCAGGUGCGUGGUAGACAUUAUUUAUAAGACAUCAAUGAUUAAGUUAAGAUUUAAAAACCAUUACCAAAAACAACUCGCCCCAUAAAAGAUAAUCCAAGAAACUUUUGUAUUCUGGAUUCCAGGCCGUGGAUUCCGGAUGUCAUUGGCAUUUAGGUUCCUUAUUUCAAUCAUAAGUAGGAUUCUUGAUUCCUCAAGUAAAAUCACAGAUUCCAAAUCCCAGUACUUAGUACGAACAUAUUUCUCACAGGUAAUGUUCCGUUGUUUGUGAAUUUUCCUCAUGUAGCCGUACUUGACAAGGGCUUUCAUAACAAAGAAAGAAAACCUGACGAACAGAACAAUUUUUUCAUGCCAGAGUAAGCGCAGGCGCCUAAUAGCCAUUAACAUGUUCGUUUGAGUCACCGAACGGACUUUUAAAAAGAUCGUAAGAAGGGAGUCAAUUGUCUGACUUGUUUAAUAUAUUCUCGAUAACUCAAAAAGAGUUAUUCCGGACACAAACCAAAAAAAAAGAAGGUUCUGUCGCAUCUCAAACUUCUUAAGUCCUUCCGUCCCGCAUUUGGUUUUGAUCUAAUUCUUUCUCAAGUUAACUAGAUUCUUCUUGAAAGUCGUAUAAUUUUAUUUGUCCUCGAUACUUACGCUUAGUCUAUUUAUAUUGCUUGCAGUCUGUCCAAAUAUGGCAACCCUCAAUGAGACAUCAGGAGUUCUUAUUAGUCCUUACUAUCCAAGGCAUUACCCUUCUGACGAGAAUUGCAGCUGGAAAAUUAUGGCAAGUAAAGGAGAACGCAUUUUGUUGUUCAUUGAAGACAUUUAUAUUACGGAGUGUGGUUCAUCUUGCACUUGUGACUACCUGGAAAUACAAAAUGGCUCAUCCUCUGAUGGGAUUUCAGGCAGGCGAAGAUGUAGAUACCAUCAAGACCGUGGAAUUGUAUACCGCUCGGUAAAAGAUGUCCUGAGAGUGACGUUUUUUUCUGAUGGUGGUACUUUGCCGCAGUACCAUGGAUUUAAAGCAUCUUACAUCAAAGUGAAGUAUAAUGCAACAAACGCUGGUAAGUUAUUAAAAGUCGGCUGGAAACGUAAAGUUAAAGGUUUACGUGCAAGCAAUCGGGUGAUCAAUUUUUUGCAGGUCACAUAAAACAUAAUUGCCUUAUAACAAGCUGAUAGCAACUGUAACAUUUAAAUGCAUUACGGAGUAAGACAACACAAACUAAAAUGCAGAUGAAAUGCCAACAAUUUUCAUUCCCAUGAUGUUAAGAGUGUUUUGUUGCAAAUCUUGUAUUUGUUAUGUUUAUCUAUUGCAACGCUUUCGAUUGAGUUGUUUUUGAUUGGUUUACAGACAAAAAUGAUUACUCUUGGAUUUUGAAUUAUAAAGCUGAAUCAUGUUUAUUUCCCCUUGUUGCAGCUUGUACCUCUGGCGAAUAUCUUACUGGAUUUAGUGGAUUCUUUUCAACUCCAAAUUUUCCAAGUAACUACCCUCAAUACAGCAAAUGUACCUGGAAUAUCACAGUUCCCAGUGGGUACAUCAUUAAACUUAGCUUCCUCUACUUUCGAUUGAAGCCCUAUCAGUACAUUCCCUGCUAUCAUGCUUCAGAGGCCCGCGUUACAGUCACAAAUGUUGCUUCAGAUGAUGGGUAUCAGCCGUUCAUGCUGUGCGGUCAGUCUCUUCCUCCUCCAGUGUACUCGGUAGGGAAUUCCGUUCAAGUCAUAUUCACGUCUCUGCGCAGUCAAUACCCAGGGUUUAAAGCAACUUACACGGCCAUCACUUAUAGUUCAGGUGCGUGGUAGGCAUUGUUUAUAAGACUUCAAUGAUUAAGUUAAGAUUUAAAAACCAUUACUAACAACAACUCGCCCCAUAAAAGAUAGUCCAAGAAACUUUUGGAUUCUGGAUUCCACGCCGUGGAUUCUGGAUUCCGGGAGUGGAUUCCGGAUGUCAUUGGCAUUUAGAUUCCUUAUUCCAAUCACAAGUAGGAUUCUAGAUUCCUCAAGUAAAAUCACAGAUUCCAAAUCCCAGUACUUAGUACGAACAUAUUUCUCACAGUUAAUGUUGCGUUGUAGGCCUAGUUGACAUGGGCUUUUAUAACAAAGAAAGAAAACCUGACCAACAGAACAAUUUUUUCAUGCCAGAGUAUGCGCAGGCGCCUAACACCCAUUAACAUGUUCGUUUGAGUCACCGAACGGACUUUUAACAACAUCGUAUGAAGCGAGUCAAUUGUCUGACUUGUUUAAUAUAUUCUCGAUAAUUCAAAAAGAGUUAUUCCGGACACAAACCAAAAAGAAGAAGGUUCUGGCGCAUCUCAAACUUAUUAAGUCCUUCCGUCCCGCAUUUGGUUUUGAUCUAAUAGUCAGUAUUCGUAUUCUCCGACAGUCCUGGGACGAGUAGGCCUUGAUCAUGAAUGCAAGGCUCAUGGGGGAAACUUCUCGCGAAGAGGACAAACAAAUAUGAGAAAACUGCGGCUGAGUUUGCCGAAUUUAAGGAUACUUUUUAACAUUGUAAAGUUCCGAAGGGCUUACACACUUGAGAGACAUCAUUAUUUCAAACAAAAAAAGAAAGAUCUGCUCAUUAUUACGAAGAAAAACAGCGAUCCUAAUCAUAAUUAUAUUGAUGAGAAGAGUGCUUGGUGAGCGAGUUUAUAAUUUAAUAUAAACAGAGAUGUUCUCAAAAUCCCCGAAGUCAUUUUAAUUGUAAUUUUCAGUGUCCUUUAAACUUUCUGAAGAAUACCUUUUAUUAAAAUGGACGUAAUCAUCGAAAGCCUGCGAUAAAGUUAACAGUGAUGUUAUCACCCCUACUUUGCAGUUGAAAUUUUCUAACAGAGCGGAUGCAAAAUCUUGUGUAUUUGAAGUAACCCAAACGACUCACUCAGUGGAUAAUUACUUAUCAGGACGGGGCUUAGCGUUCUGCACACAGUCCAUGUGCAUUUUAAGGAAGUUAAACCGGUUUGAACAAAGAUGACUAGGUAAAGUUUAUUUUAAAUUUAAGUUACAUUAUCUUCGAUAACAACUGUGUGAGAGUACAAAAAACGUGCACGCAGUUGAACACAGCGUUUGGUACAGACGAUAAUACUGAGCAGCCUAAACUCCACACUUCAGAUACACGCAAGAGGAAAAGAAUAAUAGUAAGACUAAAAUUGUAUAAAGAGGAUUCGAGUAUUGACAUUUUGACACAAUAUAACAUUUUCUUGAUUACAUUCUUCUUGUUUCUUCUUUUGGCUUCGUGGCUUUUUAAAUUUUGCUGUUAUAUAGUACGGCCAGCUCAUCUCACAGUUUUGUUUUUUUGAAACAUAUAUCCCUUUAGCUUACCCGUAAGGUUUCAGCUUUUAAAUCUUGCAGUUUUUUUGCUGAUUUCUAUCGUUUUGCAGCGAUUCAGCCGCGACUAACCAGAGUUUGUUUGUGUUUUUGCCAAAAAGUUCCCCGCUUUAGCCUCGCAAUCAUGCUGUGAAGUCUCUCGUCCCAGGGCCGUCAGGGAAUACGAAUAUCGUCAAUUCUUUAUCAAGUUAACAAGAUUCUUUCUUGAAAUUAAAGUGGUUUAAUUCUAUUUUUCCUCGAUACUUACGCCCAGUCUAUUUAUAUUGCUUGCAGUCUGUCCCAAUAUGGCAACCCUCAAUGAGACAUCAGGAGUUCUUAUUAGUCCUUACUAUCCAAGGCAUUACCCUUCUGACGAGAAUUGCAGCUGGAAAAUUAUAGCAAGUAAAGGAGAACGCAUUUUGUUGUUCCUUGAAGACAUUCAUAUUGCGGAGUGUGGUUCAUCUUGCACUUGUGACUACCUGGAAAUACAAAAUGGCUCAUCCUCUGAUGGGAUUUCAGGCAGGCGAAGAUGUAGAUACCAUCAAGACCGUGGAAUUGUAUACCGUUCGGUAAAAGAUGUCCUGAGAGUGACGUUUGUUUCUGAUAGUGGUACUUCGCCGCAGUACCAUGGAUUUAAAGCAUCUUACAUCAAAGUGAAGUAUAAUGCAACAAACGCUGAUAAGUUAUUAAAAGUCGGCUGGAAACGCAAAGUUAAAGGUUUACGUGCAAGCAAUCGGGUGAUCAACUUUCAGCAGGUCACAUAAAACAUAAUUGCCUUAUAACAGGCUGAUAGCAACUGUAACAUUUAAGUACUUUACGGAGUAAAACAACACAAACUAAAAUGCAGAUGAAAUGCCAACAAUUUUCAUUCGCAUUAUGUUAAAAGUGUUUUGUUGCAAAUCUUGUAUUUGUUAUGUUUAUCUAUUGCAACGCUUUCGAUUGAGUUGUUUUUGAUUGGUUUACAGACAAAAAUGAUUACUCUUGGAUUUUGAAUUAUAAAGCUGAAUCAUGUUUAUUUCCCCUUGUUGCAGCUUGUACCUCUGGCGAAUAUCUUACUGGAUUUAGUGGAUUCUUUUCAACUCCAAAUUUUCCAAGUAACUACCCUCAAUACAGCAAAUGUACCUGGAAUAUCACAGUUCCCAGUGGGUACAUCAUUAAACUUAGCUUCCUCUACUUUCGAUUGAGGCCCUUUCAGUACAUUCCCUGCUAUCAUGCUUCAGAGGCCCGCGUUACAGUUACAAAUGUUGCUUCAGAUGAUGGGUAUCAGCCGUUCAUGCUAUGCGGUCAGUCUCUUCCUUCUCCAGUGUACUCGGUAGGGAAUUCCGUUCAGGUCAUAUUCACGUCUCUGCGCAGUCAAUACCCAGGGUUUAAUGCAUCUUACACGGCUAUCACUCAUAGUUCAGGUGCGUGGUAUACAUUAUUUAUAAGGCAUCAAUGAUUGAGUUAAGAUGUAAAAACCAUCAUUAACAACAACUCGCUCAUAAAAGGUAAUCCAAGAAAGUUUUGGAUUCUGGAUUCCACGCCGUGGAUUCUGGAUUCCGAGAGUGGAUUCCGGAUAUCAUUGGCAUUUAGGUUCCUUAUUCCAAACAUAAGUAGGAUUCCAGAUUCACCUCGAGUAAAAUCACAGAUUCCAAAUCCCGUUGAACGAAACAACAAUUUUUUAAUGCCAAAGUGAGCGCAGCCGUCUAAUACCCACCAUAAUGUUCGUUUGAUUCACGGAACGGACUCUUAAAAACAUUGUAAGAAGGCAGUCAAUUGUCUGUGACUUGUUCACAAUAUAAUCUCGAUAAUUUAAAAAGCCAGAGUUAUUCCGGAGAAAAACCAAAAAAAGUUUCUGGCGCAUCCCAAAAUUAUUGAAGUCCUUCCGUCCCGCAUUUGGUUUUGACCUAAUUCUUUCUCAAGUUAUCUAGAUUCUUUCUUGAAAGUGGUUUAAUUCUAUUUUUUCUCGAUACUUACGCUCAUUCCAUUUAUAUUCUUUGCAGUCUGUCCCAAUAUGGCAACCCUGUAUGAGACAUCAGGAGUUCUUACCAGUCCUUACUAUCCAAGACGUUACCCUUCUCUCGAGAAAUGCAGCUGGAAAAUUGUAGCAAGUAAAGGUGAACGCAUUUUGUUGUUCAUUGACGACAUUUAUAUUGCGGAGUGUGGUUCAUCUUGCACGUGUGACUACCUGGAAAUACAAAAUGGCUCAUCCUCUGAUGGGAUUUCAGGCAGGUGAAGAUGUAGAAACCAUAAAGACCGUGGGAUAGUAUACCGUUCGGUAAAAGAUGUUCUGAGGGUGACGUUUCUUUCUGAUAUUGGUACUUUCCGGCAGUACCGUGGAUUUAAGGCAACUUACAUCAAAGUGAAAUAUAAUGGAACAAACACUGGUAAGUUAUUAAAAAUCAACUUUAAGAGGCGGUCCGUGUAAGAACCGACCACUCGAAUUUCCGCGGAAAACAGAAUCCCUUCAUAUUUUUCUGCGACAUGAUUAGUCCGUUCUAUUAACAAAAAUCGAAUUUGUUCUUUUAUUUUUUGCUCUUUCAUUGUUCUUUUUUUGAAAAAAAUUGGGCGGCGAUUUACCUGAACGGUCCAAAGCUGUCAUCGUUUUUUUGUUAACGUCAAAUUUUCUCGCAAAAUUUUGCAUUUAUCCAAAUAGCAUAAAACAAAAGUAUGAUUUUAAUUAAUGCUUCCUUAAUCCCAAAAUGCAAAAUAUUUAAAUUCUGACCACCCAAAAAAGGAAUUAUGAUGUUUUGAAAAUACCACGGAAAAAAAUGCGCGGUUAUCUUAGUUUUAAAAUAAGCUUUUUUCAAAAGUCUGACGUUAUUUGGAGUCUUGGUCACUCUUCCUGUUCAGUACUAGAGCUAGUGUAUCGAAAUCAAGAAAAACAUUUUUGGGCACUGUUGAUUCCCAAGCACAAGAGUUCGAUAAAGUUUGGUUAUAUUUUACAUGUAAUUGUGCGUAUGAUGUAAUUUGCGCAUUUAGGUGAUCCCGAACUUUCCAACUGAAAAUCAAACCGAGAGAGCAAAUAUAUGAAAAAGUAGCUUUUAUUGUUGGAGAUAAACUGUGAGUAGUCAAGAACUUACCAAAUGCUACACAAAACUAGGAACUGCGAAGUUUAAUAGUCGAAAUUAUCGAUUCCGGCUUAAGUUAUCAGUCGUCUAAGUUUACUUCUAAAAAGCUGUUUACAAAAUUUCAUUUAAUUGAAUUGGUCGUAGGUUUUCAUGACCAAGAAAGAAAGAAAAAGCUUUUCAUUCAGGUUAUUUGACGAAAGUGAGUCCUGGUUAAAAGAAUUACACAUUUUAUUAAAAACACCCCGUAGAAUGCAGCCGAAAUUCAAAUCAUCUGAACAGUGUUAAUUUCCCGUCACGCUGGCUACGAGUGAAUGUCAGUUUUUUUAGCUUAAUUGCCACGCGUAUGUACCUUUUUAAAAUACGGUUGACAAAAAAACAUGUUCUUUUCUAAUUCGACUUUUCAAAAAGUAUAAAGGUCUUAAAACGUCUUUUCAAGUUUUUGAAAAAUAACUGCCUCCACGAUAUUUUUGAAUUCGAGGUUGAAAAACCCUCUUGCUUACUAUAAUAGCGGUUUGUGCUUUAAUGCGGCUGGUUACAGUCACAGCCUUCAAGAAAUUCGGAUAGGUUCGCUACAAGAAUUUUUUUUUUUCUGUCGCGAGAACUAAAAGGAAUUUCAAAGUAUUUCAAUGUCCGUGAGCAUAGCUUUAAGUUUCUUCUCGUGUGAAAGGUCACAUAAACAGUAUGAAUCAUAGCAGAUAGGAUGCUUAGGAACAAGGUGGGUGGCCACCUCUUCCAGGACGACUCGUCUCUCCUGCUCUUCCUGUUCCGCCUGUACGUCUUCAUUGAGCGCUUCCCGAUGUGCUUUGCUUCUUCGCGAGGCCGCUAGCCUCUAAAAAAAUCUCUGUACUGGACCCUUUGUUAGCCAAUGUUUCCUUUAAACAUCCGAGAACUGUCUGGGUUUCUUGCAGUUCGCAUAUCUGCUACCACUUUUGCGGGCUCUGACUUGAUGCCAGUUCUUUCUCCAAGAUCAUAUUUCGUUGUUAGGUACUGUUUAACCUCGGUAGGAAAACGCACAGCUUCGUUUCGGGGCUUGUGUAGAACCCAUCCAGUCUGCAAGUCACUGCACUGGUGAGAGCGGCCAGUUUCAUUCUUUUCGUCACGCUCCUCUCCAACUGCUACAGGCACACUUCUGAUUUCUUCGUCCUUAUCAACAGUAGGAAAUUUCUCCGCCCAGUCUCUUCUGAGCUUGUCAUACACCGUAUCAGAGUUUCGGCGAACUUGGCUGUGCUCACCGACAUCAAGGUGAUUUUCGAGUUCACUGAAUUUCUUGAAAACGAUGUUGCACCAGGGCUCAGAACAAGAGGAAAGACCGUUGCACUGCUUAUUUUCACUGUUUGUCCCCCUCUUAUAUACUCGAGCUUCUUUGAGAGGAAAGAAGUUCUCAUGCACAAUGAGAUCAGUAGGACCUUGAGGUUCAGUUAUGACUUCUCGGUAAGGAAUAAACCUGCCCGGUCCAACAUCAUAAGCUCUCCAUGCUCUAAUUCCUUCCCCUUUAAACUUGAAAUUGUGAUACUUGCUGAAACCUUCUAUCUUAUGAACUUCGAGUGUCUUUUGAGUCUCAUUCAUUGCGCACACGGAGGCAGUUGUACCUUGAACGAAGCGUUCUGAAAGCGCUACACGCAUGUCUUUCGCAGAAAGGACAUCGUGUCCCUCAUUGCAAUAUCGUCGGAUGGAUGAUUUCAUUGGACAAAGGAUUCUACCUCAGAUAUCUUUUCCAUACCGCGGCUCAGAAAAGUCAUACCGUGCUACUCCAAUGCCUACUCGUCCUGCGGCAUCUUCAACGGCGGCUAAGAUAAAGUCGGGGGGGCUGGCGUGAGGUCUGGAACCGAGUUUACAUGAUCGCCCCAGUUGAGAAAUUGGCUGAGUGAGACUGAGUACCAUUUUCCUUCAAAACAAAUCUGGUGGAAAAUGAAGACAUGGAAGGACGAUGAGUUUUUGCUCGGUUUUGAGUUUUCCCGCGUCCAAACAUCAAGAAAAGGUUUUUAAGAACAUUUUUUAUGGAAUUUUUUGACAUCAGGAGGCGUGAUAUAUUCGGUAUCUCGGCAAUUUCAGUUAUUUAUAAGCCUCGUGAAUUUUCCAGCAACCAGCCUAGUCUCCAUCUCUUAUAUUUUUCCACCUACAGUGGUAUUAUGAACUCUCUUCCUUAUCUUAAACAUAUGCUACGAGCUCACUAUAUUAGUAUGAGUCUUGCAACAGUCAACAGGGAAUGUUCAUUAAACCGAUUUUCUACUUCGAUGUUCGUAAGUUUGUUUCUAAACCGGGAGCAACAACAAAUAUUGAUGGGCGAAAAUACAGAAUACAGGGCCAAUUUAGUAGAAAGCCAGGGUAAAUUUUCCAGUCACUUUGCUUCACAUAUACUGGGUCUGUCAGUCAUUAUAAGCUAUUUUUAAUAUCAGAAGGCUAGAAGGGUUUUACUGAACCUUCAAAACCUUCACUGGAAUAUCAUUGGAGUAAUAAUCAAUAAAUUUCCACAGCAAUACCGUAUUUAGUAGUUUUGUAUCAGAUAGUGACUUCGGUUUCAAGUAUUUUCUUUAAAUUGUUUGUACAGAAAUUACCCUGUACUUCUGAAUUUUACUAAUGGUUUAGUGUGGGAACAAGAGGCUUAUCCAGUUGCUAAUAAGAGUGAGUACAUCAGAGAGGGGCAUGCAUUGAGAAAAUCCCUCAAAGGACUGAAGUACAAGAAACAGAACAAAGAAAAUUAAAUGUUUUGCAAAGUUUAUAAAGAGAAUCAGAAUGAAGGAGCUUAAAAAAUGUACAACUUCAGUUGUUUGUGUAAGUUAUGAACUUGAUUUACAACAAAAACAAACAAGGUAAAAUUGAUUUUUUAUCAACCAUCAAAAGAAGUUAUUGCCCCUUAAGCCCAACCCCCUCAGCAGUUCUUUCUACGCUGCUACCCUUGGCUUAUUUGGCCUAGAUGGGUAUGUGCCUCUGAUUGAGGGUGGUGACCAUUUCACCCUUUAGAGUUUUGAACAAGGUGUCUGUUUGGGCUAUGAAGGUUGAUGAAGAGCAGCCUAUAGUUACAUUUUUGGUACCACCAUUUUUCCCCAAGUUUUUUCUAUGUUUCUAAGUUUAAAAGCUAACUUAACUCUGUAUGCUAAAUGAAAUGAAUCAGAAUUAUAAAAUAAGGUCUCUUGGCUUAAAAAGGGUAGGGAAAUAAACAAUGUGUCCUACUACCCAUACUCUCUUUCAGUGCAAGCCCAGGGAGGUGAUCUCACAUUUUUUAAAAUACCCUUUUACCACUUGUUGUAACAGCAACGUCAGUGAAUGUUUAUGGUCUCUGAAAAAGGUAUUUAUCUGCCUAAGCACAAGUUUCUAACUGCUAUCGUUAACUACCAAUAAAUAUAUUUUCUUAAUAAUAUGAUUUUACAUUUAUUUUCCAAGGCAUCCUAUGGUGUUUUUCAUAACCAAGUACAAGGCAAUUCUUAAGUUGAGAGGAUUUGAUUUCAGGCUGAUGUCCACAGGGGUAAAAAAUUACAUGCAACUGUAUGGCAAAAACUGAUCACAGUGGCCAAAGGAAAGGCAAAAAUAGAAAUGUCACCAUUUUCCUGACUUUAUAAAUUCCCUUUGAAGCUUAUUUAGCCAGAUGUGGUCCUUGUCUAAACAUGCAAACUUGAACAUUUAUUUUCUGAACCUAGCUAAUCCCAUCUUUUUUAAACCAUAACCCUGCUCCAAGGGGUAGUGUAGUUUUUGAAAUUUAUAAUUUUUGCCUCUUUAUUUGCAACAAAACACACUUGAAUGAGGACUCAAACUAAAGGCAGUGUAAUAACUGCUGUCAUGAAAAGAGAAUUCCAAACAGAAAAAAAUAAUUACCCUUUCAUUUGCCCAAGAUUGGCAAAAUUUAUUUAGCUUCUAGUACAUAACGAAAUACAUGAACUACGAGAUUUGACCAUGCCACUCAAUCAUCCAGCUCAAAUCUGCCGGGAUAAGUUCACAAUCAAGGAUGUAAAAUUAAGAAUCUCAAUCAUCAUUUUUUCUCGUCUUAAAGGUGUAGUAAAACCGUAAUUAUAAACAACUCUGACAACUCUUCUACUCGACCACAGCCACCGCACUUUUUUUAAUAUCGCGAAGAAUUAAUUUUGGGCCUUUCACUUGAAAAUAUAAACUCUUCUACAUACGUAUUGGAGGGAUGGCCCUUCUUUUAGUUUUGUGAGUCUUCUAAACAGAAACACAUAGUCAAAAGGACCGACAUCGAGGAACAUGUUCACUGGUCUCGUUCUUAGCGUACCAGAAGAAAGAAAAACGUAAGCACCACAUUCCCGAGGAAAAAAAUUGGUUACAGCAAAGAAAGCAAUGACCAACAGGACCAAAAGCAAAUGUUGUUAUUCCCAACCCGUAACGCGCAUGUUCGCUACAGUUUUCGGAUGAUUGACAGAUUUCUUAACUGGGGCGAUCAUGGAAAGCCGAAAAGCGGCAAGAUCAAAGGCCGUUGCCAGCCCCCGCUGGGGAAAGUUUUUGUGGUAACAGCCUGCUUUGUCACCCCUUAGGUUCAAUUGGGUAAUCUGGAGAUGUUCUUUCUUUACAACCUCAAGUGUGUUUUCGAUGAUCGAGCAUACUGCGUACCAGUCUUGCUGGCUAGAGUCAAAGACACGAGCAUACGAUUUCAGCUCAAUUUUUCCAGCGUCAACAUUCUUAGUUAUAAGGGUGGAAAUAUACCAGCUCAGCCUCCGUUUGCCGAACCAUUCAGACUGUUUCUCACGAAAUUUUAUUUGGAGGAACUUCAUGGCCCAGUCCAUGAUCAGAAUGGCAGACUGUGGGUCUUCUGAUUUCACUGCAUCUUGUUUCGCCUCCUCCUGAUUUACUGAGCGCACAAUCAGGCCCGUAAGCAGGAUUUUAUGUCGGGGGGGGGCUAACGAGGCCAAACAGGACCAAACUGCCGAAAUGUAUUUUUUAUUGUCUGAUCCGUUUAUUUAGGAAAGUAGUAAUACAUGAGAAAUUGUAACGGCAAAGUACACGGUAGGAACUAAAUAUUACAUUUGUCGAAUACAACUGUUUGAAUUAAGUUAUAAAGGUUAUAACUUAUCAGAGAAUUUAAUCUCUGAAAGGUGUUUCUCUACAAUUCUAGAUGGGUAAUCUCUAUUCUGCAGGUGUGUUUUGAAAUUAAUCAUGUUUUCCUCAAAAGUAAAUUGAAAGGAAUUUGUUCUCAGAAGCCUUAACGCUUCCCCUUUUAUAAAGCGUUUCGUGACGCUUGGUGGGUGACACGAAUAGAAAUUCGUGUAUUGAAAGGUUUCUGUAGCUUUGAAAUGCGUUCGCACGUCAAGAAUAGAUUCCUUAUUGAAUCUGUCACCUUUGUACACUUUCGCGUCUAAGAAUGUGGUUUCUAUCUCUUGAGAUUUCAGCCGUGAAUUUUAUCGUUGGCUGAAAACUGUUUGCCUUUACAAGGAAAUCCUCUAUUUUGUCUCUGCUUGUGUUCCACAUAGAUAUGACGUCAUCUAUGAAUCUUUUCCCAAAAAUUGGUUUUGUGGUGCUUUUUCUGAGUAUUUCGUUUUCUAUUUUGGCCAUAAAUAUGUUAGCAAAAGCUACGGCUAUUUUCGUCCCCACAGCUGUUCCAUGAGUUCGGAGGUAAUCUUUUCCAUUGAAUCAUGUAGAAUCAGACUUGGCAUUUCUCUUAAAUACCUGGUAGGAAUGGGAGGGUUUUCCUCAUAGAAUUCUUCGUAUGCUUCGCAUACGGUUGUGAUACCCUCCUCCUGGGGUAUGUUCGUGUAGAGGCUGGUGACGUCCAUUGAGGCAAAUUGAAUUUCCAUUAAUUAACUUGAAUUCAAUUUCCAUUGAGUUAUAACUUCAGUUUAACCGACUGCACUCCUUAACUUUGAUAUUGUGUAUCAAAAUGCGGACCUUUGGGGUUUGUGGGGGGGGGGUUAGGGUUAGGGUUAGGGUGACUGUGAACGCUUCUCGAACCUCCAAUAUUUUAAACAGAGAAGCCCUACUAAGUGGCUCGUGACAUUGCUCUUUGCAAUACUCCAAGUAUUGCUCAAUCAUUGUAGACCUUGUCAAUUCGGUCACCAUUAUCUAGGGUGAGUACUUUGUUACCAUAUGAAACAUCCUGAUAAAAGUACGGUCUAUCAAUGAAUUCUACAAAGUGGUCGACAUUCUCCAUAUCAAGGCGGACGGGACGCUCGAAGAGCUCCUCCCCGUUACCUGGGGCAAUUACAUUACAUACGUGCAAGCAGUCCUCUUCAGCCUUUUUAACUUUCAACUGUUCCCCAUCUCUUAAUAAGUUUUGGAAUGGAGUUUUAAGCUGAUAUUUAAGGGGCUCGCGUUCUACUUGUUCUUGUGUAGUAAGACUCGCAAUUGUAUCCAUCGCCUCGUUAUACCUGCCGACUCCAUCGGUUACCACGAGUGAAGUAAAAGAGGCCUCCUCAGCUGACCCUAGAGUCCAGCAUGGUGUUAUGGGGUUCCAGGGAGCUGACGUUGAUUAGUCUUCAAGAAAUGGAGUCGAAGAGACCAUGCGACGGAUGGCUCCCACAGUACCCUCUUAAGGCUGCUACUUAGUUACCUUGCGAUAGGAUAACCUGACAGGACAACCGUAUGUGUGUUUUUAUAAAACAACAACCAAACGACUACCUUCCAGACAGUACCUUUGAAGGAGCACAUCUCCCUCAGUUUCCUCAGGGUAUAGCCAGUCUGAUUUCUGAUCUAAUUCUUUACUGUGUUUCUUUCUGCACGUUGUGCAAAUAGCUAGUAACAAAAAGAAACAAAAAAAAGUUUUGCAAACUGGAAAGACUUGUUAAAAAAAUACUAGAUUUACUACUAAGUUGAUAAAAAAAGCUAUAUCUUUAUAUCCCAUCUUGGAAAUUACAUUAUGUAGGCUAUAAAUCAGCGACCAGAUUUAUGGAUGACGCACAGCAAAGAACUAUUGCCUUAAUGAACUACGAAAACCAAGCUAUGAUCAUUUGAUAUGUUAUUUUUUGGAAAUGAUUUUCUGGGUGCAAAAUACUAUCAAAUACGGGAUCGAUCGUUGAUCGUUCCGAAAAUAUAUAGAAUGGGACUUCCCCUCAGUCUACAGCUCGCUUUUAAGUAAUUAGGAACGAAAGUAUUUAGUUGAAAUGUUAAGGAAGACAAAACCUUUCAAUUCUGAUAUGUUAAUUACAAAAUGAAAGCAUGUAACAGUUAAAGUUGCUAGUCUGAUAGUACUUACGCGAGCCAACGGGAACGGCUUCUCCAAAGAUAUUUUUUAUUUCUCUUGCAGUCUUGAAAUUAAUAACGUGUGUUCCCGCUAUUGCCAUUUUCUUCCGUGAUGUUUUGGAUACUAGCAGGUCUUUAGAGCUUCCCAGUAUUUUCCCAAAGUGUAACGAUGGACUGGACAAACUGUCAUAUUCUUGAUCUGAUCAUCAGUGAGUUCUAACAGACCUGCCCUUGCCAGUAUCAGAUCCAUUUCACAAACAUUUUCCCUUGACAGGUGGUGAUUCGUUAGGUGUGAACUAAUGUCAGCGUUGCAACCAUUCAAGCACACAAAAUCUACACAUUCUCGAUUACUUCCGCAUUUUCCGCCUGUUAUUGCGGAAAAAGAACAAAAUUCAGCCAUUCUAUCUGCGAAGGUUAUCUGGGCACAAUGUAAAUACGCUCUACGUUUUGUGUUGCAGAUUUGCAUACGAAAUUAAAUUAAGUGAACGACGCAAGAAAAUUAACAAAAAUUGAAUUAAAAACUUGACGAAAUAGUAAACCAGCAAAACAUUUUUAUUCUUAUUAUUUUUUGUACCUUGUUUAUUUUACCUCGUUAAGCCUGAUGAGUAGUUUCAACUUCGAUAAAAUAACAUCCAACAUGUUUUAAAAUUUUGCACUUCAAACUGAAAUCUGAAAUUGACAUCCUCAGACACAAUACGGGGCGUCGAUAAAACCGGAACAUGGAACAUCCCGGAACAUCCCGGAACAUGAAAAAAUUAGAAUAUUUUUUUAUGAAAAAAAAAAAAUUAAAUAAAUAAUAGUAAUAAUAAUAAUAAUAAUAAUAAUAAUAAUAAUAAUAAUAAAAAGAACAAUAGAUAGAAAACAAUUUUUGCAAAAAUUUAUAAUAACAAAAUAAAUAACAUAACAUAACAUAAAAACCAAAAAUAAUGAAACAAACAAAGAAAGAAAGAAAAAGAAACUGGUAUCAUCUCCGAGUAUAAGAAAACAAUAUUUUGUCGCAAUGAAUUUUUUGGGCGAGUGAGGGUCCAUUCAAAUGACAGUAAUGAGUAAAGGCUUGCUUCUAAAUUCAAAAUAUAUUAAAAUGGGUCGCGAGGAGGGGGUUUUCAAGCUUUCCUGACACAGCCAUCUCUUGUAAAUGUUUGCCAUGCGGUUUAACGGUUAUCAAUUUACGGCUUUGCGACCGUAAGAAGAGCUUAGGGGCUCGUCGCUUUGGACUUGGAUAAUUACAUUAAAGAUUCACAUUCGCAAUGAAUAGUUGCAGUGGCAGUGGUAGCGCAGCGGUAGUUUCUAACUGUUAUCAGUUAGCCUUUUUUUUAGUCGUCUCCCCGCAAAGAAGAAGAAGAAGAAGCAAGCCUUCACUCAUUACUGUCAUUUACAUGAACCCUCACCCAACAAAUUUUAAUUUGUUGCGACAAAAUAUUGUUUUCUCAUACUCAGAGAGGAUACCAGUUUCUUUUUCUUGAUUAUUUCAUUCUUUUUCGUUUUUUUUUUUUUUUUUUUUUGUUAUUUUACGUUCUUAUUAAUUUUUACAAAUAUUAUGUUAUUAUUAUUAUUUUAUUUAUUUUUUUUUUCAUGAAAAUUAUUUUUAUUUUUUCAUGUUCCGGGAUGUUCCGGAAUGUUCCGGCAUGUUCCGGAAUGUUCCGUGUUCCGGGUUUUAUCGACGGCCCACAAUACGGACCUUAAGUUAGAUAAAAGUUGUCCGAUUUGGGGCUAAUUGGCAUAUAUCUCAGUCGUCCAACCUACGUGGUUCGCACGUCGCGACGGUGAGAAAGCUGAGUGCGGCGGUGUCUCGAGAACGUGAGUUUUUUUGUUCGUCUUUUCGUCUUCAAAACAUCUUCAUUUUAGCUGAACACCGCUUUAAUCUGUUUCUGGAGUGUUUAGUUUACGUCAAAUGGUAAACCUUUUUCAAUUACUUACUUUAACACUAUUUUAUGAUUGAAAAUAUAACAUGAGCUUGUGCAGCAAGUGGUUCAACAGCAGGAUUAAAAUUCCCAGCGAUAAAAUAAUCACAUUUAAGUAUUCUCUCACCAUCUGAACACCGGCUUUAUAUCAGUUGUCGGUUCCAGCAAUUCUGCUUUUUACAAAAACGCGCGUUAGGAGAAUGAAAAAUGCCGAAAAAUCAAGGUGUUUAUUUGUAUUUCACACUCAAAACUAAAAAGAGAAUACCUUUUUUUAACUUUCAAAAAACAAAAGUGCCCCCUUCUCUCAUGAAAUGCCGGAUACUUUUAGGAUUUGUCUUCGAUAUAAAGUGAACCAACUUUCUUGAGUAAUUUUUAUAUCUCACUAAUCGCAAAAAAAAAAGCUGGAAAGAGAAAUUUCUCGAGUUUUUUCAGCUUUUUGCCUUUUCCUUCAAAGUCGAAAAAAGCCGACUUUUUCCCCGCCCCAAUCUUUGGGCCUCUCGACUGACAGCUGUCAAAAAAUGGCGCGAUAUUCUGGGCAAUCGUGGCGUUAAUUUAUUAGUGUUUAUACCGGUAUGUAGUUGCACACUUUGCGUUCCAAAAACGUUUCAAGAUGUCGGACGUUUUAUUUACGUCCAAGAUUAAGGAUGGACAAGCAGGGCCGUAGCCAGUAUGAGGCAAACCGAGGUACUUGCGUCAGUCAUUUUUUUUUUUUUUUGAAGGAGAAAAAAAGUCACUAGCAGCAAAUAAAUAAAUUCACAAAUAGUUAAAUAUAAAAAAAUGUUGACCCAACAUGGUACUAUGUUUAAUGAUAACGCGAAUCAGGCAGUGGCCUGAAUUGUGUUUUGCUGCCAUUUCUCGACUCUUCUGUCUUCUAUGGUCUGAGUGAGGAAAAUCUAUCAAAAUGCAGUGUUCUAUCAAUAGCUUUUUUCAAAGAAAGCGGUUAGUAGAUGCUCUUACAACAUUCUUUCAGUUCUUCUAAACAAUUGAACCAAAAUUUAAGCUUGUUUUGACAUUAUUUAGCGACGAUCCUAAAUAGCUAGGCGGUGAAUUCAACCAUGGAUAUUGCCUCAUUUCUUAUUUUUUUCUGGCUACCGCCCUGACAAGAAAUAAAAAGGGGGUAAAACUAAAGUCUUUAAGUCUGGCCAUGAUAUUUAGGCUCGAUCUAAACCAGGGGAUCUACGUACAUUUCCUUCGAAGAAGGGGCGAUAAUUCCGAUCCCCUAUUAAAUACUGGGUUUUAGCACGUCGAGGACUUUGAGAAGACGUACCAGAGGACGGCGACAAGAAAAAAUCUCAACCCUUCGCCUGGGCAGAGUACGCUGGCCGGACUAAAAUGACAAGCCUUCACCACCACCAAGUAGGGUCAAGUGGCGUGGAAGAAAUCUCUUGUAGUAGUGGACCGUGUUGCCGUCUGUCCAGUUCCAGGGGAAAAUGUCGCUGACCGAAGAAACUUCGUCGGUCGAUGAUGUACAGAGGCUACUAAAACAACAAUUAAGCUUUGAAGUGAUUCUUCUGGAUGCAAAUACUUCAUCGACCGACGAAGUUUCCUCGGUCAGCGACACGGUGCACCUGGAACUUUUCUCCGAUUGUUUUCGCCAGACGGUGUCACGUCCACCAUACAAGCGAUUUCUUCCACGCCACUAGACCUUUCUUGGUGGUGGUGAAGGUCGGUCAUUUUAGUUGAGAUUUGCUUGAGUAGCCGUCCUUCGGUAGGAAAGAGGUACACCAAGCGCUGUAGACUGUAGUGCAGGCAUUACUGAGCUAACUGAGUUCGCACUCAUACGUUGACUAAGUACGUCUUCUCAAAGUCCUCAACGUGGUAAAAGCCAGUAUGAAGGAAGUGUGUAUAGAUUUCCUGGUUUAGGACGAACCAAAAUAUCAUUGCCAGAGUACCGUUGUUUAGAGUUGCUUAGACUUAAGUUUUACCCCUUUUUUUAUCUCUCGUCCGUGUUUAUUAAAUAAUCUUGACCUAAACGUCCGACAUCUUGAAACAUUGCCCGAACACAAAAUGUGCAACUACAUAUGAAUACUUGUAAAUUAACGUCACAACUCAUUGCUCACAAUUACCUGUCAUUUUUGACAGCUGUCAGUCGAGAGGACCGAAGAUUGGGAUUCCCGCCUUCACUUGACAACUGUCCGCCAAAAAGUCGGAACUAAGAAAGGUUAAAAAAGUCGACUUUUUUCGACUUUGUAUGAAAAGGCAAAAAGCUGAGAAACUCGAGAAAUUUCUCCUUUCAGGCUUUUUGUAAUUAGUGAGAUAUAAAUAUUACUCAAGAAAGUUGGUUCACUUUAUAUCGAAGACAAAUACUAAAAAUGUCCGGCCUAUUAUGAGAAAAGGAGGCACUUUUCUCAGGUUUUCAUAAGUGAGUGAAAUUGAAAAAAAAAGGUAUCCUUUUUUCAGUUUUGAGUGUAAAAUUCAAAUAAAGACCUUCAUUUUAAGGCAUUUUUCAUUUUUGUAAUCCGCGUUUUUUGUAAAAAGUAGAAUUGCCGGAGCCGACCACUGAUUCUUUUACCCUUUUCUUCAUUCCCGAAGUUUUUAGUCUAUUUUUUCUGCUUAAGUCGCAGGCCAAAAUGAAAUUACGUGUUCAUUAUUGCUUACCAUUUAUUCGACAAAAUGAAGCCCUGUAUAAAGCGGGAUGAAGGAACUUGUUUAUUUUUGCCCGCAACUUGCCAAUCGUAUUUAAUAAUUUGUCCUUGUUUUAAUGAAGAUGGACUGGGUUGAAGAUCACCAUAUUCAGCUUGCUAAAGAAGUUCUUGGAAGUAUGCACUACCGCUUCAAGCCCUGAGCUAUAUGUAGGCUCGAUUACCAGCUGUAAGAACUGUGGAGCGUGCGAAAAUUUGGCAAUACGUAGAUCGCAAAUAGGCUCAAUGGAGCGACGAACAUUCACUUUCGAGCAACAGAGCGCUCAACUAGAUUUCAUCGUACAAGGGAACGAAUUUCUCAUCUGAUAUGACACCAUCAUAUAUAAUUACAAAAGUAGACCAAAAGCUCUAGGAUCUCUUUCAGGGAACUCAUUCUCAAACCUUAAAUGAAGUUAAGAAAAGUCUUUGACCGUCACCUCUACUGAAACUUGUCUUGUCUCUCGCCAAGUCGACGUCAUCCCUCCCCAAACUGUCGCGGCUAAAAUCACCGUCCUCGAUGUAGCCGUCCACCUAAACUUAAGGUCGGUAAUAUAAAUGAUGUCGUCUGCACGCAAAAACUUGUGGCUAGAAAAUUCGGUACAUUUUGGUAAACUAUUUCUUUGCUGAAUCAUGUCAUAACUUUUGAGGUUGUAAUUACACGGUAAAUCUAUUCAUGAUGUAUUUUACCUUUUUUACCGUUCUAGCCCCUUUAUUUCAACGAAACUAGUACCGUUUAGCUACAACUUGACAUAGCAACAUUCACCGGAGCUGCUACUUUUUUUUAACAUCCCAAUUUCAGGACAAUAUGUAGUGGAUUUUAAGAUAUUCACUGUUUGUCCCCAGCAUUAAGUUAGUUUUGAAAAUAGUUGCUCCCUGACAGUAUUGAUUUUUAGUUUUAUAGUAGGAAAGUUUGGAAUCAAGAAGAUGCUUAAAUUACGUCAUACGCACAAUUACAGUAGAAUGUUACCCAACUUUAUCGAACUCUUGUGCUUCGGAAUCAACAGUGCCCAAGAAUGUUUUUCUUGAUUUCGAUACACUAGUCCUAGCUAGUACUGAACAGGGAGAGUGACCAAGAGUCCAGAUAACGUCAGACUUUUGAAAAAAGCUUAUUUUAAAACUAGGAUAACCACGCAUUUUUUUCAAGGACGCUUUACGUGGUAUUUUCAAAACAUCACGAUUCCUUUUUUGGGGGGUCAGAAUUGAAGUAUUUUGCCUUUUUGGAAUUAAGGAAGCAUGAACUAAAAUCAUACUUUUGUUUUAUGCUAUUUGGAUAAAUGCGAAUUUUUUGCGAGCCUUGAACAAAACGCUUAAAUUUGACCUUAAAAAAGACGAUCAGACGAUAAAGAUUAUGUGAAAAGAUUUCAAAAAAAUUCGUUCGAGUCGUUUCAGAGAUACACAAACGUGUGCUAAAAGUCCAAAUUUAGAAUGAAGUUGCACUUAGACAGGUGGUGAGAAAACGGGUUAGUUUUUAAGACCGCAAGAACGAAAAUAUACCAAAAUUUCCUAGCAUCGAAAUAACAUAUUAAGCAGCAUUCUGACGCUACUUAAGAAUACUUCGAGUCAUUUACAACAUUUAUAUUAAAUAAUCUAUCACGGCUAUUGAAAACUUAAGGUUUGAAAUAUAUUUUCGUUUUAGUCGAAUUCAAACAUACAGAUUUUUUUUACUUCUUACGCAGGCUAUUUGCUAAACACCAAACUUUAAGUUCCUAGCGUAGGAUUUUCAGGGAGCUGGUCUAGAUCGCGCAAAAUUAGGUGUUUAUCAAUUUCAAAGUUUUUUGGUUGUUGUUGUCAUAGUAAUAUCGAUUUUACUAAAACCUACAUUUUGACAGAUUUCAAUCUAUAGUCAGUCUUUGGUGAAAAUGUUAUAGCGAUCAGGCAAGGAUAAUAUCACUUUUAAAGCGAUUGAAAAAUAUCGGUAAGGGCUCUGAAAAACUAUAUCGAAACACCUCAAUUCCACGUGUUUGGAGAGAAGCUAAUUUCUUUGUUUUUGUUUUUUCGUUUAUUUGUCUUUUCCAUUAGAGUUAGUUCACACAACUACCACAAAAGUGACACCUGCAAGUAAGUAUCCUAUGAAGAUUAAAGUAUAAAGUUGUACCGAUUCCAUUUUGUGAUUUUACUCCAAUACAGAGCUCGCUUAAAAACGUAUUCAUAAUAUUUUUGGUUUCUACCAGCAGAGGCACCAAGCACCAGAGACUCAGAAAUAACACCCACAA